AUGAUCCCCCAAAAGAUCAUGGCAGCUAGGAAGAUUCAGGCCUGGUGGAGGGGCGUGUUGGUGCGUCGGGUGCUGCUGGUCGCAGCCCUCAGAGCUUGGAUGAUCCAAUCCUGGUGGAGGGCAGCCAAGCACAGGCAGAUAAGCAAGUGCAGGCAGAAUCUGCUGAGGGAGUACGCCAUCCAGGAAGCGGCAGCCGUGAAACUGCAGGCCUGUGUCCGCACGUGGCUGUGUCGACAGUAUUUCAGCCACCUGUGCGGCACGAUGUAUGUGUUCCAGUCCACCAACGAGAGGCUCAUCUGCCAGAAGGAUUACUCUUGGCCCGUCCAGUACAACGCGGUGGCCAGACAACCGGAGUUUCACAUCGAGAUCCUGUGCGUCUAA